AUGGACCACGUGCCAUCCAGCAUUCCGCUGACCACCAGUCCCGCGACGCUCAAGUUGCUCGUCUCGCCGAGUAGCAGCGACUGCGGCCUGUGUUUGGAUCCCAUCUCGGACGACACGGACUACGCCAUGCUGACCUCCUGCAGCCACGUGUUCUGCAUAAGCUGUGCUGAGGAAUGGUUCACUAACAAUUCGUGCUGCCCGACGUGUCGAGUGAGCAAGAGCUACUGGUUGCCGAGGAAGCUGGUGCAGAGCUACCAACGAUACAGAGAAGCUAACCCUGAGCUGCUGGUUAUACAAGAAGAGAUUCCUAUUCACCUCCUCCAAGUCCUCUCGCCGCUGCUCAAAGUUAACUAGUCAGCUCCACGUCAGUCUGCUGCCAACAAGUCAAAGGAUUUUGGCCGAUCAUAUAUUUGUGGGUAAACGAUUGAAAAAUACUUGCAUUAUUACCAUAAGGAGACUAUUUCGAAAAAUUUUUAAACAGUUUUUUUUAUUUGUGG